GCAAAAUUGGUGGGGCGGUGUAGCCGAGAGGCCACAGCGGGGGGCUCCGACAUUACCGAGAGGCCACAAUGAGACGCCGAAGCGGAAUGGGGGGCAAAAUAGAAGCGAAAGAGGCAGACAGGGAGAUGGCGACCGGAGGGAUCUCUACUCUACCGCCGGCUUCGGCUGACGGCUUCCCGCCGGGGAACUUCAAGGAGCCCAAGAGGCUUUACUGUAAAAAUGGAGGCUACUUUCUGCGCAUCAACCCGGACGGACGUGUGGACGGGAUCAGGGAGAAGAACGACCCCAACAUCCGGCUGCAGCUGCAGGCCACGUCAGUAGGUGAAGUGGUGAUUAAAGGCCUCUCGGCUAAUCGAUUCCUCGCUAUGAGCUCCGACGGGAGGCUGUUCGGAACGAGACGAGCGACGGAUGAAUGUUAUUUCCUGGAGCGUCUGGAGGCGAAUAACUACAACACAUACAGGUCACGCAAAUAUCAGGACUGGUACGUGGCGCUAAAGAGGACUGGUCAGUAUAAGAGUGGAUCACAGACGGGACCGGGACAAAAAGCCAUCCUCUUCCUCCCCAUGUCGGCCAAGACCUGAGCGUGAGCGGUGAGAGUCUCCGUCAGGAGUCUGAAGUCUUUCUGAGAUGUGAAAACCAAACGUCCUUCCAGAUUCUGUAAAACCCACCAUCAACUGUUAGCUUCAUAUCCAGAAACGUUCCUUAUCGUUCAUUAGCGUUGAUCUAGUACUGUACGAUUCAUUCUGAUUAGCAGGGUGUGUGUUUCUGUGGAGAGAUCCGAGGCCAGAUUAGGACCAACCUAAUGCUAAUGCUAACUUACAGCUAAUGCUAACGAAUCCUCAUUUCUGAGGUAAAUUUUAAUAUUUCAGUUUAAAAUCCUCUGAUGUUCCAAAGAUUUUUAUCAGUUUUAAACAAAACUUCCAACUUUGUUUUGUUCAUCCCACACUAAAUGGCCAAAAGUAAUCGGACGCCCUGUGUUUGUGUGUUUCAGCCACAACAGUCGCUAACAGGUGUGAUAAAUCAAUCGUAUUAACGGAAAUACAUGCUUCUGACUUUGCAGCAACAGUUUAGGGAAGGUCCUGUACUGUUCCAGCACAAAGCGAGCUCUAUAAAGAUGUUGUUUAAAAAAAAAAAAAAAACAGCUUUGGGAUGAACCGGAAAAUCAGCUGAUCAAUCAGUGCCCAGCCAUGCCAAUUUUGACUAAACGGGCACAAAUUCCCAUACGCAGACACACUUCAGUCUCGUGAGAAGCUUUUCAGAAGAGCGGCUGUUGUUCUAGCUGAGAUUUUAAUACCGUUUGUUUUUAUAUAAAGUGGCCAGGCGUCCGAAUACUUUUGGACACAGUGUAUCUACAUAAAAUCAAUACAAUAACAUUAUUAGUAAAAAUAAACAUCAUAUACACAUUCCGAAUCAUAAAAUCCCCUCCAGAAGUUUAUGGACGGGUCUUGCUUCUCCUCUCUCGAUGAGCAUGUGCGUCCGAACCGAAUGUCACGACUACAGAAUGUGAGUUUAUCUUAAAUCGAUGCUGCUUCUAUAGAUCUACGUAGAUUCUAGACGUUAGUGUGUGUAAAUGACGUCGUGUUAGGACAUGACAUGUUUUUAAUUGUGAUUAUUAUUUAUGUAAAACUUCAGCAUCACGUUCAGCACCAGUAUUUUAACUCUGAUAUUAAUAUAAUCAUACAUGCAGGAUUUAUUUACAUUUACCAACAACUGUACUCAGCUCAGACUCAACACAAACUCGUCAUCCUAUAACAUCGUAUUAAAUACAUUAUAUGGCCAAAAGUAUGUGGACACCCCUCCUUAUAAUUGAAUUUACUAGAUUGAGCCACAUCAUUGCUAACAGACGUAUGUAUAAACAUGAUAUAAGGUACAUUAUAAGCUUUUAACAUUGUAACAACAGUUUAGGGAAGUCCCGUCUCUUUCAGCAGAAUUUUGCGAGCUCUAUAAAGACCUGGUUUGAGUAGCUGUGUGCAAAGGAGCUCCAGUUGCUUCACACAGAGCCCCAGUCUCAACCCAACUCAGGACUUUUGGGAUGAAUAAAACUCAGACCGUGAGCCAGGCCUUCUCUCCUCUCCCAACAUCAGUGUCUGACUGAGCUCACUGACUCCAAAGUCUUAAAGCAGAGAGGCUUCACAGAAGAGUGGAUGAUAUUAAAGCUACAAAUGAAAGACGGAGCGAUUUAAUUUAAAUGAACAUGGUUUUGGACAAAGGUGUCCCAAUACUUUUGGUCAUAUAGAAAAAAUACUCGAUCAAAUAAAUGACAAAUAAUUUUAAACCCCUUUUUUUACAGCUUUAUUCUGGUCAGGGUCGUGGUGGGUCUGGCUUCACCGGAACGUAUAAUCACGUUAAUGAGAAUCCAUCAACUGUGCAGAUGUUUUUUUUAAACCUAGAGCAACAAAUUCAGCACCAUAAAGUCGAUUAAAAAUAACACAAAAUAAUUGAAAUAUUCAAAUAUUUUAUGGUUAAAA